UUGUUCCGGUUGGGGAGACGAAAAUCUAGUUUGUGCCAUGCUGCUCAGACGAUGGACGCUUGCCGCCGCCGGCACCACCCCACACGCAGCAGUGGCCACUUUGACCACUGGCUGUAAACUGUUACCGCACCGAACGCUGUCUUCGUCAUCGAAACCCUUCACACUGGAACCACUGCGCGAUCAUCGGUCGUUCGUGCGUGUCCACGGGACAGAUUCCGUCAGCUUUCUGCAAGGACUGAUGACGAACGAUAUGCGCCACUUGGAGCACUCGCGCUCACUGUACGCCAUGUUUCUGCGCGUGAAUGGCCGUGUGUUUUGUGAUGCGCUCAUCUACCGACACCCGGCAGCUCCGGUGGCCGGCACGACCGACGGUGGAGACUUUCUGCUCGAAUGUGACCGAGCGGUAGCGCCACGGUUAGAGAAACACUUGAAACUGUACCGCUUGCGCAAGAAGGUCCAGGUGCUGGCGGAAGAAACGUAUCAAGCGUGGGUCGCCUUUGUGCCCGACAGUGAAGGAGAGCGACCGGUUGUGACGCUGGACGGAAUUACAACCGGUGACCGGCCCGACGAGGAGCGUGUACAACUGUACAAAGACCCACGUCUACCGCGGCUCGGCUAUCGUGUGCUGAUCCGCGACGAUACACAAGCCGCAUCGAUGGAUCGCUUGUUGCGCCUCGUCCCGGGAGUUAUCGCAACCGAUCGACCACAGUACACACCGUUCCGGUACUCGCUCGGUGUCGGCGAAGGAGAAACCAACCUGCCCGACGGAAAAUGUUUUCCGCUCGAGUGUAACGGUGAUUUCCUGCACGGCGUUAGCUUCCAAAAGGGUUGCUACAUCGGACAAGAACUGACGGCCCGCACCUACCACACGGGCGUGAUACGGAAGCGCUUGAUGCCGGUGCAGUUCACCGGUGGGCCCUCGCAGGCGCUGGAAGGCAUCGCACCGGAAGUGCUGCGUGAAGCGGAGAUCAAAACCGAGGACGGGGCUGUAGUCGGAAAGCUGAGAGGCUACCAAGGGGGUCACGGGCUUGCCUUGCUGCGCGUGGAGAAAGUUUUAACGGGCAGCACACUAACGUUAACCGUCCUCGGCAUCCCCGGGACUAUCCCGUGCCGUACCAAGAAACCCUUCUGGUGGCCAAACGAACUGAACGCACGCUCUUAGGC